AUGAAUGAAUCUGCUGUGAAGAUGAUUCAGUGCCUGCAAAAACUCAGUGCUGCAGAGUUCCUGAUGUUUAAAGAGCUGCUCAGGAGAGAAAUGGAGGAAUAUGAACACAUGCAAGUCUCCUGGGAUAUUAUUAAGAUGGCUUCCGAAAGAGACCUAAUAUUGCUGUUGAACAGAAAUUAUCUAAAACAUUUAUGGGGGGUACUAUCGUCCCUGUUUGUCCAGGUCAAUCGGACAGACCUCUGGACUAUGGCUCAGACACUGAAGAUAGAUGAUCAAAAUUCAUACAAAGAGAUUAUGAAGAUUAUAUUUCAACACAUAUGGUCCAAGGAGACCUUCGUUCAAAUGGAUGAGGAAAACUACCAAAUAAGUGUAGAAGAGGAGUACAAUGCAUUGCAAGAAGUAUUUGAUUGUCCCUUAGAGCCGGUCACUACAGUUGUACUAGCUAAAGGAAAAGGAAAAACCACUUUCUUAAGAAAAGCAAUGUUGGACUGGGCGUCAGGAAAGUUAUGGCAGAACAGAUUUCAGUAUGUUUUCUUCAUCUCUCUCAUCUCACUUAACAAUGUUACAGAAUUGAGUUUAGCUGAGCUUAUGUUAGCUAAGUUGUCUGAGUCUUCAGAGACACUGGAAAAAAUCAUAUCUGAUCCAAAGAGAGUCUUGUUUAUCCUGGAGGGACUUGAAUACCUGAAAUUUGACUUGGAUCUCAGGACAAACUUGUGCAAUGACUGGGGGAAGACGCUGCCGACACAAGUUGUCUUCAGCAGUUUGCUACAGAAAGUAAUGCUCCCAGGAUCCUCUCUGCUUCUUGAAUUGGGAAACCCAAGUGUACCAAAAAUCUAUCCCUUGCUGCAAUAUCCAAAGAAGAUAACUAUUCAGGGAUUCACUGAUGAAAUCACAAGGUUCUAUUGUAUGUGCUUCUUCAGCGGUUACCAGAAAGGCUCACAAGUCUUUGAUUAUUUAAAAAAAAGUGAACAAUUACUCACUUUAUGCAGAAACCCCUAUAUAUGCUGGGUGUCCUGUAGUACUUUAAUGUGGCAAUGGGACAGGGAAGAGGAAAUGAACUUAGUUGGUGUGACAGAUUCGAUUAUCUACACAAGCUUUAUGGUGAGCGCAUUCAGAUCAGUGUAUGACAACUGUCCACCUAAUCAGAACAGAGCACGAUUAAAGACCCUGUGUACCUUGGCUGCAGAGGCAAUGUGGAAACAGGUAUUUGUGUUCACAUCUGAGGAUCUCAGAAGGAAUGGGAUAUCGGAAUCUGAGAAGGCAGUGUGGCUGGGAAUGAACUUUCUCUGUACUCAAGGUGAAGACUUCAUGUUUUACCAUCCUACACUACAGUCAUAUUUCACUGCCCUGUUCUAUUUCCUCAGACAAGAUGAAGACACACCUCACCCUGUCAUUGGAAGCCUGCCCCAACUUCUAAGAGAAGUUUAUGAUCAUGGCCAAACCAUAUGGCUCCUGACAGGGAUAUUUGUGUUUGGAAUUGCCACUGAAAAAGUCACCAACAUACUGAAACCACACUUUGAUUUUAUACCAUCCAAAGAUAUAAAACAGGAAAUCCUCAAAUGCUUUAGAAGUUUGAGUCAAGCAGAGUGCAGUGAGAAACUGAUGAAUACCCAGAGUUUGUUUGAGAGUCUACUUGACAACCAGGAAGAAAGCUUUGAAACAGAAGUGAUGGAUCUAUUUGAAGAAAUGACUGUUGAUAUUAGUAAUGUUGAUGCAUUGUUGGUGGCUACACAUGGUCUGCUGAAAUCUCAAAAAUUAAAGAAACUUCAUCUGCAUAUACAACACAAAGUUUUUUCAGAAAUCUAUAACCCCGAAGACGGUGACUUAGAAGAAUUUGAAUACAACAAAAAAAAGGCAAUAAAAUAUUGGAGUAUGUUGUGCAAAAUUUUCCAGGACUUGCAGGUGUUGGAUCUGGACUGCUGUAAUUUCAAUGAAACUGCCAUUAGGCGUCUCUGUGACUCAAUGUAUCCAUCUUCUAAAGAUCCUCUGACUGCAUUUAAGCUUCAAAGCUUGUCGUGUCCCUUCAUGACUAACUUUGGAGAUGGUGCAUUAUUUCACACGAUUCUUCUACUACCUCACCUGAAAUCCGUGAACCUAUAUGGCACCAAUCUCUCCAAUGACGCGGUUGAGAAUAUGUGCUCUGUGCUGAAAUGCCCAGCAUGCAGAGUGGAGGAGCUACUGUUGGGUAAAUGUGACAUCUCAAGUGAGGCUUGUGGCAUGAUUGCUACUUCUCUAACCUACUGCAAGGUGAAACAUCUCUCGUUGGUUGAAAAUCCCUUGAAGAACAAAGGAGUGAUGUUACUGUCUGAAAUCCUGAAGCAUCCAAGCUGUGUCCUGGAGACACUGAUGUUGUCACAUUGCUGUCUCAACUUCAAUGCCUGUUGCCAUCUCUACGAAGUCCUGUUGUGCAACAAAUACCUCUCUCUUCUUGACCUGAGUUCAAAUGUCCUAGAAGAUUUUGGAGUGAACAUUCUGUGUGAAGCUUUGAAGGACCCAAAGUGCACCCUUCAGGAGUUAUGGUUGUCUAGUUGCUUUCUCACUUCAAACUGCUGUGGGGGCAUCUCUGCUGUCCUUACUAGCAAUAAAAAUCUAAAGACCCUGAAACUGGGCAAGAAUAACAUAGAAGACGCGGGCAUCAAGCAGUUAUGUGAGGCUCUAAGGAAUCCUAAUUGUAAACUGCAGUGUCUUGGGUGA